CGAAACUAUCUAUAAAUAAAUAAAUAAAGGAAGUUGUUGAAUUUUGGUAGGUUUCAGUGAUUUAAAGGUUUCAACUAUCAAAAGUGGAAAUGUUCAUGGUUUUACAUAUAAUAAAAAACGUAUUUCUUUAUAUUUUAAUGUUCUUUUAAAUCCAUGCAUAUAUCAGAAUUUAUAAAGAAUUUGGGGGGUUGUGUGAGCAGACAACUCUGUGCUCAAAAGCAGCAGGAAACUUGGUGUGGUGUUUGCAAGUCCGUGCUUGUUUUUUUAAUGUGCAAAAUGGGCAUGUUCAGUCAACUGGUGAAUAAGAAAUACCCCAGGGGCAAAUGUAUGAGUACACUAGUCUCUUUGUUAUUAUUCCAUCAAAAGAAAAAAAUGAGUCUUCAAGUAUGGAAGUUUUUUAGUUCCAUCAGAGGUUAAAAAAAUUCAGAAUAAAAAAAAUCAGUUAAAAAAAUUCCAGGAAAAAAAUUCAGAGAUUAAAAAACUUCAUAGUCUGAUGGAACUAAAAAAACUUCCAUAUUCAAGCACCUUAUUAAAAUACACAUCAACAUUUUUUUCUUUUCGUCUUUCGUUUCUUUUUUUUCUUCUGGUUUGAUUGUUGCGACUUUUAAUUUGUAGGAACAGAGGUUCGUCAUCCGGUUAUAUUCAUGCACCUUUGUACACAUCGGAUUCCACCUUUUGUAAGAUGCUGAUGUGCAGUUCUACUCAUCAACGGAAGUCGCUGCUUGUUUGGUGUAGAAAACUGCACGCGCUGGUGUCAGUGUCCAAGGAGGGCUCUCAAGUUGCCUCCUACCACCGCACCGCUCCUCUCACUAUCCCGGGGAAAAGUAGCUGGGAGCCUGCAAAGAGGCAACGCCUCACAGGGUCAAAUUCCUCCAGUGGAGUAUCUAAGGAUAGACACACACGAGAGAGGUCAGCUCAAAGUAAAGCCCUAAAAAAUGAAGGGAUGCAGAAGCACAAUCAAAGGAGGGGAAACGACUUCAAAGUUUCCUCUGAGCUCAGGAAGCUGUGUCUGGAUGAUUUCCCUGCGGACAGGGAGAAGCAGGUGAGACUCAAGACAACACAAGCCGUGAAGACGGAGCUCUCUGAGAUUGUUUUUGGAGUUUCUCCCUGUUUCUUGGCUCUCACUCAUGGAAGGAGAAAGGCACGUAGACUGUUUGUAAAAGCUGGUGAGGCCUCUCUGAGAGCAUCUGUGUUGAAGGUCUGUGAGGAGGCACAUCAGCGAGGUGUGCAAGUGAGUCGGGUGAGCAAAAAGGACCUGGACCGGAUGUCCUCUGGAGGAGUACACCAGGGAGUUUGUUUGGAAGCAAGCCCUCUUGGUUAUCUUACUGAGGACUGGGCGGUCAGCAGGGGCCCCAGCACCCCUCUGUGGCUUGUCCUGGAAAGAAUCCAAGACCCCAUGAAUCUGGGGGCCAUCCUGCGCUCUGCGUACUUCCUUGGCGUGGAUCGAGUCAUCAGUAGUUUGCAGCACAGCUGCCCGUUGUCUCCAGUGGUGAGCAAGGCCAGCUCAGGCGCCAUGGAGUUGAUGGGAGUGUAUGGAUGUGAGAAUCUGGAGGAGAUGCUGAAGCUAAAGCUGCUGCAGGGCUGGGAUGUAGUUGGCACAGUGGGACAUCAAGCAGCGGAGUCAAACAUCCGUGUCACUCAGUGUUUAGACUUUCAAAUAACCAAACCCACGCUGCUUUUGAUGGGAGGAGAGGGGGAUGGACUGUCGGCGGAGCUGCUCUCGCUGUGCCAAACCUUUCUCUCCAUCCCUGCUGGCCAAGAUUUGCCCCCCGGCAUUGAGUCCCUUAAUGUUUCUGUGGCUGCUGGUAUCCUGUUACAUUCUCUUUUAUACUCUAGGAGGUCAACCAGAGGCUGACCACCAUGAAAUAUAUUUGCCUGAGUAAAAGGGAAACUUAAGAA